CCAUUCAUCAUCUCUUAAACAGAAACCCCCAAAACUAACUGACUGGUCCAUUUGAAUCGAAGAGUCAGCACCAAAAUAUACUCCCGCGACACAGAGGUAAGAAGAACCUCAGCUUCAUCGUUUUCAGUUCCUCUCUGUAGUUUUCAUCUCACAAUAGUAAACAGGUUUUGUCGCAAAGCUAGCAGCAGGCUAAUAGAAAUGGAUUCUUCAGAUGAUGAGGCGGAUGAUGUGCCACAUUUUGUAGAGAACUUCCACUUUGUUGAUGAUAAAAAUGAGCCGAUUACCUUUUGCAAUUUGCCAAUCUGUUGGACUGGAGAUGAGAAUCCAGGAUCCCUUGAAAAGCAGAUUUUCUUGCAAGGAACUGCGGAUGGCGGGCUGCAAAAAAUCUAUAAACCUGUAAUUUCAUGGAAAUUCGAGCUUUUAGACAAAGAACCUCGAAUAUCGGUGCUUUCCAAGGAGAAGAGCUGGAUUAAGCUUCAAAAGCCAAGGAAGAGCUAUGAGCCUACAAUCAGGACCAUUUUGAUAACUUUGAAUGCUCUACACUUUUUGAAGAGGAAUCCAGAUACAUUAGGGAAGCCCUUUUGGGAUCGCUUAAGAAAAAAUUUCAGCUUACAUGAGGUGAAACCUUCUGAAAAUGAUCUGAUUGAUCACUUCGCCUUAAUUAACGACACAGUGAAGCAUGAUGAAACUUUGUCACAAUCAAAGUUUCUACUAGCCUUCCUUCAAAAUCCUGCCAAAGCAAAAGCAUCUAAUGAGCAUGAUGUUGAUACUGCUGUGGGAACAAAAAAGAGUAAGUUUAUAGUGGAUGACGAUGAAGAAUGGGAUGAAGCAAUUGGCAAUGAGGAUGAAGAUGAAGAUGAUCAAGAGAGUGAUCUAUUUGAUUCAGUUUGUUCGAUCUGUGAUAAUGGUGGUGAACUUUUAUGCUGCGAGGGUAAGUGCUUGAGGUCUUUCCAUGCAACCGUGCAUGACGGUGCAGAGUCAGAUUGCAAAUCCCUGGGCUUUUCUAAGUCUCAAGUUAAAGCAAUUCAAAACUUUUUAUGUAAGAAUUGCGAGAGCAAACAGCACCAGUGUUAUGUAUGUGGAAUUUUGGGAUCCUCCGAGAAAGAGAAUGGGGCUGAGGUUUUCUCAUGUGUCUCUGCACUUUGUGGAUACUUCUACCAUCCCGAAUGUGUUUCAAAACUUCUUUAUCCCGAGAAUAAUGCUGAAGCAGAAGCGUAUAAGCAAAAGAUUUUUGCUGGAGAAUCAUUUACUUGUCCAGCACAUCAAUGCUCCGUAUGUAAAGAGCGAGAAAAUAAGGAUGUCGACGAGUUAAACUUCGCUAUUUGCAGACGUUGCCCGAAGGCAUACCACCGGAAAUGCUUACCCAGGAGGAUUGCCUUUGAAGUAUCAGAGGAUGCAGAAGCUGUAAGGGCUUGGGAUGGUCUUUUGCCAAACAAUCGUAUACUGAUAUAUUGUUUGAAGCAUAAAAUUGAAUCAUAUGGAACACCUAAGAGAAACCACAUUAAAUUCCCCUAUGAUGAACAAAGCAAAACAUUAGAAGGGCAAGAUUUGCUAUCUGGAAAGGGAAAGACUCUAAUAAAGAAGAGAAGUGUUCCAUCUGACCACUCUACAUGUGAAACAGCCUUUUCGAAGAAGCCAAAGUUGGCUGAAAAGGUGUCCUUUCCUGUAAAGGAUAGUAAUCUUGCGAUAAAAAGGGAGAAGUGUCUAUCUGAUCCAAGGAUCCGUCCUUCAGAGAAACCUAAAAGCAUGGUCGCAAAAAAUCCUCUGAAUUCCACGAAGAUGGAGGAGCACUACAUAGCUGAUGAAAGGAGGGCAACUGGGAGAGAAACAAAGUUAAAUCUAGUUGUGAAGGAUGCAGAACAUGUAAGGAAACAGAAGGACAUACAUAGCCGUAGAGCUGAAAAGCCCCAAAGCGCUGCUCCUCUCAAAAAGAAACAAACCAUCCGCACUCCCUUAGAUACUGAGACUAGAGAGAGAAUAUUGACUUUAAAGAAUAGGUUAUCAGCAACUAUAACAUUAGAGGAUGUUAUAAGGAGUCAUACCGUACCAUCCACACACGCUUCCUCCUCAAAGUAUGUGGUGGACAAGUCCAUUACUCAAGGAAAGGUGGAUCGUUUUGUCGAGGCUUGUCGAACUGCUCUACGCAUGCUAGAAGAAAAUGGAAAAUUAGAGGAAGCUAGAGCUGUUUGCCAACCAAACGUUCUCACCACCAUAUCAAAGUGGAGGAACAAGCUGAAGGUCUACCUUGCACCUUUUCUCGUUGGCCUGCGCUACACAUCUUUUGGUCGCCAUUUCACAAAAGUAGAUAAGCUUCAGGAGAUUGUUGAUAAGCUUCACCCUUAUGUGCAAAACGGGGACAUGAUAGUUGACUUCUGCUGUGGCGCCAACGAUUUCAGUUGCUUAAUGAAAAAAAAGCUUGAAGAAACUGGGAAGCAGUGUAAUUUUAAAAACUUUGAUAUGCUUUCAGCAAAGAACGAUUUUAAUUUCGAAAAGAGAGAUUGGAUGACUGUUCGUCGAGAUGAACUGCCAGCUGGAUCUAAACUGAUCAUGGGACUAAACCCUCCUUUUGGGGUUAGAGCUUCUUUAGCAAACAAGUUUAUUGAUAAGGCUCUUGAGUUCAAACCAAAGCUCCUUAUCCUCAUUGUACCUCCAGAAACAGAAAGGCUAGAUAAAAAAAGAGAGGCGUAUGAUCUGAUCUGGGAGGACAAUCAGAAACUUUCUGGAAAGUCCUUUUACUUGCCUGGAUCUGUCGACGUAAAUGAUAAUCAAAUGGAGCAAUGGAACUUAAAACCCCCUCUCCUCUAUUUGUGGAGUCACCCUGAUUGGAGUGAGAAGCACAAGAAUAUAGCAUAUGAGGAGCAUCAUUUAUCCUCAGAAAUGCCUCAUGAGUUGCAGACAGAAGAACAGCUGAAUGAACCACACUUGCUGGAAACAGAUAUUUCUCCUGUUCAUGAUUUCUAUGGUGAUACCACGAAGCUUAUGAAAGAGUAUGCUGAUGAAUCCAACCCUAUAAUUGAUCUGCAUGGACAAGUCAGUGGACCAGAGCCUAGUAAAGUUGGGUCGGAUGACAACCAAAGCAGGACUGGGCACGAAGAUGAUCUUAAAUUCGCUGAAAGAAGCUAUGGAGAUGAUUCUAAAGUAGAAGCAGAAAGCAAGCAUGGAGAUGGUUUCAAACUUAACCAAGCCUUGGUGAGAGGUGAUCUCAGGGUUGACCAAAUUAAGCUCGGAGAUAGUGAUUUUAACGCCAGUGGCGACACGAGUCAGAACCUCAAGAAGAAAAGGUUUCGAGAAAACUGGAAGGCGGAGCAAGCCAAAUCAAAGCAAUCAAGAAGCAAUGACAAGACACCGCCCAGAAACAAAAAGGAGGACGUUGAUAGGCCUUCUCCAGUUAGCAAGAUUUCUUCCUUUAAAAGCACGGCUUUGGAUUUCGGAACUGGAGUGUAUGGAGCUCUACCAACCUCAUCUAGCAUCCGUGAUGAAGAUCUUGAUGAUAUAGAGAGGCGGUACAGUUCGAAUGAGGGUUGUCUAUUUGGAAAAGAUUCUAGUAGUGGACCAACAAAUAUCAGUAGUCUUAUUCAAGAGUACGGUGGUAACGAAGACCGUACGAGUAGUUUCAAUAGGUCAUCAUACCCAAAGGAGAAGGAUCAUCACAGAUACGGUAGGGAGUCAGAUAUAGGUAUACAACUUCUCCGUCGUUAUGGCCAGCAAGAAGUGGAUAACUCCGAACUUCUCCGCCGUUAUGGUCAGCAAGAAAUAGAUAACUCCGAACUUCUCCGCCGUUAUGGUGGACCAGAUCCAGAUUCAUCUAGGCGAAGUGGUGGUUAUGUACCUCCCCAAGACACUGGGUUCACUAGCAUGGGUUCAGUACCAUCUUGUUCUACGUACGGAUCUGUUCCUGGCAACACACCAUCAUCAUCAUACGGAAUGAUGACAACAGCAAUGCAGCGAUACGGGCCAUGCCUUGAUGAGUUUAAUCAUGCUAGGCCAGGUGUUUUUUUUGCACUGGAUGGCCCACCAGGAGGGGUGAGAAAUGCUAUGUUCGGUGGUCCUGGAUCCUACCCUUCUGGGCCACCACCACACCCUGGUUUCCAUCAUGACCCAUUCGGUUUUCCACCUGGCCCGCCACAUCCUUUCCCAUGAGUCUUUGUGCUUUCUUUUAGGUUCAACAGUUGAUGUUGCCUGUUAUGAGGCCCGGGGAAGCUUAUUCAGGUGGAGUCCAUCCAUUUAGGCAACACUCCCUUUUGCCUCGUCGGCUCGUCGUGACAUCUUCUUUAAGGUGUGUUCACACCUCGAGACAAUAAGAAGUGGCUUUCAUGAAUACUUCAAUAUCCGUGUAUAUGAAAGGGCAUGGUUCGGUAUUAUCUCUAUCUUUUGUAUAGGCAUUUGUACAUGCUUUUUAUCUUCGAGUUCAGAGGGAACUUGGUCUCUGUGGUACUUCAGGACUUCUAUGAGCUACAAGCAUCAUUGAGACCAAUUGGGGUAAUGUUUAUACAAAUUUUCAUCAAUUUCCGAUGGUAGUUCACACCUUUAGAUUAAUCAUCGGUAAGAUCAUUCUUCUCUGUCACUUCUCUUCUUUAGGGUUCCUAUGGUGUUUUUGCAAAUCAUGAAAUUUGGUUAGCCUCGUGGAUGGGCAAAUGGAUCCACUAUUGUAAUAUAAGAAUGGCGCAGUAUAAGAAGCUCGGCGAAGGUUAAGCCGCGCGGUUUAACAUGUCGCCAGCGGCUAAGGUCCAGACGCAGGCGGCUUGACUAGAGAUGCUAGCGGCUUAUAUUCUGCCGCCAAUGGCUAGUUUUAAGAGUAUUUCUACGUGUGAGGGAGUUUUUUUUUCGGAAAUUGCAUUGGGCUAAUUUGUGAUCCUUGAUACAUUUUGAUUCUAUUUAUUCUAUUAACACA